UCAAUGCGUGAAACAAGCCUCGAUUAGGACGUCCAUCUAGAGAGUCACUAUGACUGACGAAGGCAAAGAACCAGAAGAUGAAUCCAAUCUAUUGGAAGGCACGUAUCCUCUCGAGCUGUCCCUUGAGACCCAACUCCAACUAGAAUGCGAGGCCAAUGGGGACUUGCAUUCGCAGGAAACCAUCAAAUCAUUGCCGCUCAAACACAUCCAACAGGAUUUGUUGGAGAAGGGAGCCCGCUCAGAUUUUUACGCGCUAAGCCCUAAAAUAGAGAGAUGCUCAUUGGACGAAGUUUUGAUCAUUUUUGAUCCCACUCGGAUCCAUGGAACCGAAUUUUUACUCUGCUUAAACGUGGAUUCAAAAUUUGGCUACUUGAACGCCCAGGAAGAAGCAGAGGCCCGAUUAAUCGAUACAGAUUCGCCUUAUGUCUAUUACCCUCCCCAGCCACGCCUCUGGGAUGGACGGGGUAGCGACAAGGAAAUCGAGGGCUCUUGGGAGAAAAAUGUCAGAGCUAAAAUCUGGCUGAAGAUCAAGCGAAAUGUGCCGAGAAAGACCAGCAUCUUAAAUUUUACGAAUCGGGACGUGAAGGACGCAAAGGAUGGUUACAAGGCAUGCGAAUCCUACCAGGAGACCAAGUUUAACUUUAAGCAUGUCCAUUUGAUGGAUCGGGCUGUUCAAGCCGUACCCGUGACCAUGGAGGGUCAUUCUCAAACUGAGCUGAAACAUCCGAAAAACAUUGCCAUUCAAUACGAGGCCCGAGCGUUUGGACCCGAUGAAGUGGCUGAAAUAUGGAAGUCCGAUUCUAUGCGCAAUUUCUUGUCCAGGGCCGAGAAAAUAAUGAUGGAAGUACACCAAGAGCCGGAUAUCAUGGGCCAUCUCCGACCCGAUGUAGAAGCCUUCUAUCGCCGAGACGAGGUCGUUGUUAUCGAGGAGACGAAAUUUGCCUACCGAACCUUUUUCAGCGAAUUGGUCUUUUCCAAAGACAAGCGCAUCACCCAAGUCAAAUGGCACCCCAAACUGCCUUACAUCAUGGCCAUGUCCGUCAUCGAGAACGUUUCCUACGAAGACUACCUCGAGAGCCUGAGCACCCGACUGGUCAUGCCCAAUGUGGUCAUGAUUUGGAACAUGAAUUACAAUUAUUACCCUCAGGUCUUACUGCGGGUAGCCGAUGACGUGACCCAUUUGGAAUGGCACCCGUUUGAGCCGGAAACCUUGGUGGGUGGGUGUGUCAAUGGUCAAUUGAUGAUCUGGGAUCUGACACAGUACUACUCGAACCUCGAAUCCAACACGUGUACCUGGGACCACAAGAAGUUCCUGUCGCCUCAAUACAAUAAGCUCUAUGUUCAGGAUGGGUACAUUCCAUUGUUACAUUGGAGUGCAGAGUCAAGUAAAGAGCAUUCGCAUCUGUGCGGCGUUGAAGACCUCCAAUGGUUGCCCAAAACAGUUUGGUUCAGCUACGAUAGCGCCUAUCCCAAGCAAAACCAAAUGGACGACGAGCUCCAGUUGAUAUCGUGCGAUGCAGACAGCAACGUUCUGAUUUGGGCGCUCCGUAAACCGCCCGCCGAAGACGGAAUCGACUCCUCCGAUGUUGAGGAUGAAUUGGCGGGCAAACGGAAAGCAUCGAGCUCGGGCUGGGAAAAACUCAAAUUGCAAAGUGCCCUGCCUGCGUCUAUAUCCACGGGCAAGAAAUACUCGCCCGCGAUAGGCAAGUAUGAGCCUCUCAAUCGAGUUUGGAGGCCAGUUCACCGGAUCUGCUUCAUUGACCCAAAGCUCAAGUUCGAGGAGCAACUACUCACCACCACGAUCACAUCGGUGAGUGUGAUCGAUCGACCAGAUUUGAUCAUUUUCAGCCGGAAAGAUUCCACGAUUGUACCGUCGGAUCCACCCAGCCCGAAAAGCAAACCUCAAAUAGAACGGAAGCCCUCAGAUACUGGGUCGAUUUAUUCCCGAUCUUCAUCUCGAUCUCAUUCGCCGGUUUCAAAACUGAGGAAACACCCCAAAAAGAACUCGGGUCCCCAGAAGCAUCGAAUCGAGGUACCCAAGCAAAAUUACGACUCGAGCGAGGAUGAUGAGGAAGAUUCCAAAAGUCAGGAAACGGAUCCCGCUCAAAUGGCACUGCCCACUUUUCUCAUGGCAGGAACCAUGUUUGGCAGCAUAGUCCGAGUGGACCUGACCAAAGUCAAGGUCGAUGUGGAGACCAAUAACUUGAUUUGCAAAGUGGAAUGGGAGUGUGCUGUUCAUGAUGGGCCCGUGAGAUUUAUGAGGCGUUGUCCGCAUUACGAGAAGUUGCUCCUAACUGCAGGAGGAUACAGCUGGGCAUUAUGGAGUGAAACGAAUAGCUUGGCUAUUCCGGUGGUUCUACAUUACAUCGAGGACCCUCUCUUCACUGACGUUGCUUGGUCUUUGACGCAGCCUCAUCGCAUUCUAUUUUCGGACGAGAAAGGAACCGUUCAAGUCUGGGACAUCCGAAGCCGAAAAUCUGAACCGUUUCAAUCACAAGACAUUUCCGGCAGGACGAUAAACGCCUUGACACCCUUUAAUUAUCAGAAUUCCGACAAUCAACUAGUGCACUAUCUUUCGGUGGGUGAUGAAACGGGCACGGUUCACGUCUUAGAGAUUCCCAAACACUUAAACGAAACCUAUCCGGAAGAGGUGGAUGACCUCAAAGAUCUCAUCGAAACCGAAGUCAUCAGGAUUCGAGAUCGAGAAAAACUGCAAGCGGAUAAAAAACUUGCCACGUACGAGACCGAGCAGCCCGAUGAAACUGACGAUUUUGAUGAGGAACGACGUAUUCUCUGGGAUGAAAACGAGUACUUGAAGGUUUACUUUCAACGGGAGCGGUUCGUACUCGAGGAGACUUAUGGAGAAGACUGGAAGAAGUACUUGAAGUUUCCCGAUCUUCCCCGGAAAAAGCACUACGUGGAAAUCAAGAGGCGAGGCAGCUCAGAGGACAGACGUCGGCAAAAAGAGCUGGCUCUAAAGGCCAAAAAGAAGAAGGGAGGCUCCAUAUUUCGCAAAUGACCAGAAACGGAGGCACUGGGGGUGAAGAAGGAUGUAUUCAUUGUGAAUCAAAUAAUUCUUUGAUUAGAAGGAGGGAGCAAGUUUUGAAGGACAA